AUGGCCGACAAGGGCCCCUCUACCGCGACACCGCGGCUCGAACUCUCCCUGCAGACAGCCGAGCAGUCGGUGGACGAUGAGCCGACACUGUGGAAGUCCAUAAGAAAGUGGCCCAAGAUCGUGGGGUACUCCCUUGGUUUGACGUCGGCCAUAUUGCUCAAUGGAUUUGACACGUCGAUAGUGGGCAACCUCUCAGCGAUACCAGCGUUUCAGGAAGACUAUGGCCAAGAAUUAGAUCACCGCUUCAUCAUCCCCUCGAUGUGGGUGGGGCUUUGGAAUUCUGUCGGCACGCUUGGUGCUAUGAUCGGCAGUAUCAUCGCUGGCUGGCUUCAAGACCAUGUUGGGCGACGUCCGACACUUGCUCUGGGAAGCCUCUUGUCGGCCGCAGGAGUAGCUACUAUAUAUUGUUCGCAUUUAUUCGAGGCAUUGGACUCGCGGAGGAGCGCCUUUUUGGCAGCCAAACUCAUCCAGGGGGUGGCUGUUGGAACACUCCUCUGUUCCACACAAACAUAUCUCUCAGAAAUCCUCCCACUGACAUUGAGAGCAACGGUCAUGGCCUUUUUCCCGGUGUUCACGCUGCUAGGGCAACUGGUUGGUGCAGUCAUCGUCUAUACAUCCUUGAAAUAUCCGGAUAACCAGCCCUAUACUACCCCGAUAAUUGCACAAUGGCCAUUUUCGGCUGUGCCUUUCAUCCUAGCUCUGCUGGUGCCGGAGAGUCCGACUUACCUGCUCCGGAAGAAGGCAUACGACAAGGCAUUGAAAGCUCAACAGCGCCUCGACAGUUCGAGAACCGAGCCGCAGGAGAAUAUCGACAGCCUGCUGCUCUCGUUACAGAAAGAGGAAGCACAGUCCAGACACGAUCGAGCAACAUAUAUGGAAUGCUUGCAGGGCACAAAUAGGCGGCGUACACUGAUAGUCACCCUGGCAAAUAUGCUGCCUCAGCUUUUUGGGCUUUCCUUGCUCGGUGAUGCCAGCUAUUUCAUCCAGAUCAUCGGAAUGAGCGCACAAAAUGCUCUUCUAUUCCUUCAACUUGGCGUUGGCCUAGGGUUGCUGGCCAAUAUUGUCAGCAUGUGGCUUGUCACAAAGGUUGGACGGCGAGUCCUCGGCUUGACGACGUUGACCGUUAGCACAGUCCUCUGGCUGGGUAUGGGAAUCGCCGGGUGUUUUGACGGUGUUGUCGUGAUAUGGUACGCGGCGGUCACCAUGAUGGCAGUAGUCGUGGUCGUUGGUGUUGGAAUAUGGCCGGUCUCGGUCGUCGUUGGCGCCGAAACCUCGUCUCUUCGGCUCCGUGCAAAGACCCAAGGCAUCGGUUGGUUCUCAGGAGCCUUAGCGCAGGGAGUCUUUGGGAUCAGUCUCCCUUAUGUGUACAACGUCGAUCAGGGUGACCUAAGGGCCAAGGCGGGAUUUAUCAUCGCAGGGUUCUCGGCUAUCGCGUGUGUGCUGACCUGGCUCUUCGUUCCAGAAAUGAAGGAUCGCAAUGCCGCAGAAAUCGAUGCAAUGUUCGAGCACCGAUUACCCGCGAGGAAAUUCAAAACCUGGCAAGGUACAAUUUCCGAGGUUGUCACGGAUGGUUCCUUCGAGUCCCAACCACGGUCGGCAUAG